AAAUAGACACACAUUACAUAUACCUUCUAUAACCACCACUGCAUGUAGCUUAAAUGGAGUUUAAACAAUUAUCUUGUUUAGUUCUUCUAAUAUGUUUAACUCUUGUGGAAAUUGAUGCUUCACAAUCUGAAGAAGAAUAUUGGAAAUCCGUUUGGCCAAACACUUCUAUGCCGAAGACUCUCCUCGACCUGUUUAUUUCGGACAUCGAAACUAAUGUACCCAUUAGUGAUCAAUUUGACAAGCAAGAUUGGACAGCCUUUUUCCAACAUGACCUCUACCCUGGAAAGAAAAUGAGCUUAGGCUUCCACAAGCAUUCUGAUAAGCAACCGUUACGACCAAAUGCAUGGAUACCUGAUGGAAGAAUAAGACAACCUUUGGGAACAUGGAUAUGGAGUGAAAAACAUAGUCUUAAUAGCUAUUGUGUGAACCCAGCAGCUAUAGGAGAACACAAGUAUUGCGCAUCAACCCUAGAAUCAAUGAUAGAUUUCGCCAUUUCAAAGCUUGGAAAAAAUAUUAAGUUGAUUUCAAGUUCCUUUGCACAAAACCAAGACCAAUAUAUAGUACAGGAAGUGAAGAAAAUUGGAGACAAAGCCGUGAUGUGUCAUAAACUAAAUUUCGAUCAAGUUGUAUUUUAUUGCCACCAAGUCAAUGCAACAUCAACAUACAUAGUUCCUUUAGUGGCCUCUGAUGGAACUAAAGCGAAGGCACUAACAAUAUGCCACCAUGACACGAGAGGUAUGGAUCCUGAUGUGCUUUAUGAAGUUCUCAAAGUCAAGCCUGGAACAAUUCCAAUAUGUCAUUUUGUUAGCAACAAGGCCAUUGCAUGGGUACCCAAUCAUGCUGUAAGAGAGUCUGAUGAGAAUCCUUGUGUCAUAUAAUCUGUGUCUAGGAUACUAGAUACUCUCUCCGAUCACUAUUAUAAGUAAAAAUCAACUUUUUAGGUUCAUUCAUUAAAUGAUGUAUUUAGUCUAUGUUAUUGACC